AUGGAGAUAACAAACUUGACAGAAUUUUAUGACGAUAAUAGAGCACAGUUUGCAGUUAUGCUGAUGGAUGCUGGUCCCAACCUUGUUGAUCCUAGAGGGAGGCUUCUUCCCAGAUCAUAUGAUACUUUAGGUCUGUACACCACUUUCAUUUUUCAAAAGCCUGAUCCAGAUAUUGCCCCUCCUCUCUCUACACCAGUGUUGGAAGAUGGGUGCAGCAAUCAUGAUGAGGCAAAUUGGCAAGGGACUGACUGGAGAGAAGAUGAGAAGAAUGGAAAGACAGAUUCAGAUUUAGGACUGGGGAAGAUAACCGAGCAGAAAGGCAUUUUAGGUCCAGGUCCAGCAGAGUUACGCUUUCGGGAAGCUCUUUGA